UAUGUGCAUGAGUCUUUUGCCUGCAUGUAUGUAUUAUGUGCAUCAUGUGCAUGCCUGAUGCCCAUGGAGAUCAGAGAGGACAUUUGAUACCCUGAAAUUGCAGUUACAGAUGGGUGUAAGCUGCCAUGUAGGUGCUGGGAACCAAAUCUAAGUCCUCUGCAAGAAUAAGAAGUGCUCUUAACCACUGAGACGUCUCUCUGGCCUCUUGUUUAAAAAACAGUGAAUAAACCACUGGAUACAAUUUUCAGACAUAGGAGUUCAUAUGUGCAUGGAUCCAAAGGAGCAUGGUCAACCUAUCAGUGGCCUUGCCUUCAAAGGAUGACACUCUUCCUUGAGCAGCAGCCAUCAACUGCCGUCAGCACCUCAGCUGAGGUGAAGGAGGAGUGUGGGGAAAGGCAGGAGCACACCAGAACUUUGCCUACUUACUAGGCAUUGACCAACCUUUUCUCACCCCUUCCCUCCCUGUGCCCCCGGGGACUCUGGUAACCACGCUACUCUUAUCUUGUGUGAGAUAAAGAUUUUAAAGAUUUCAUGUUUGAGAUCAUGUGGUGUUGGUCUUAGUAUGCUUGGCUGUGUUCAGUGACUGUAAUGAUCUCCAGUUUGAAGUAUGUUAUCACAAAGAACAGAGUUUCAUUGUUUUUAUGAUGAAUAAUAUUCUGUUGUAUAUAUGUGCCAUAUUUCCUUUAUGGACACUUUGGUAGUUUCCAUUUCCUAAAUGCUAGCAUUUCUAACUGGCUUGAUCUUGCAUAGGUCCUGUGCAGGUAACUAACGACAGCUGAAGGAGUUGAUGUGUGCAACAGCCCUGUUAUAUCUGAUGGUCUGCAUCCCACACCACUCCACCCCAGCCUGCAGCUCGGACAUUCUCCCCACCCUCUCUUCUGUAUUGUCCCGUGAGCCUCAUGGGGAGGUAGACACAGAUGUUCCCUCUGGCUGAGCACUCACAGUGACUAGUUAAGAAGUCUCAAAAUUAACCACUACCCUCGACAACAAGAAGCUUCUUUGACCAAGAUUGAGAGCAUCACACAUACAUGAAUAUAAAAACAAAAGUAUUUAGAAGGCAGUUUUACAUUAUAGCUAUUUAACAAGACAAAAACUCAUAGAUUAUUUCCCAGGGCUUAAGACUUUAGUAGCCAGGGGUUUCGAUCAUGUUCACAGUCCCAAGCAUAAAUUUCCUUGUAUAGAGCAGGUCUCAAGUCCAGCUGAGGACAGUUGGGUUAGCCUGUGGCAGUCUUGCCACAAUUGUACCAGGAGGCACAUUUUGCCUGGCAUUGUAGCAUGUGGGGAUGAAUGCUGGGUAAAACCAUUGUAAAGGACUUUUACCAUGUACCUGUCAUAUCCCCACUUCUGGUGAGGUUGCAGACAUGCUCAGAAUCUGAGUUUUUAGUGGUGGGAGGCAUUAGAACUGACUGGGAACUGUUAAGAUGUUACAGUUGGAGCCAGUGAGGAUGACAACUACAUCUUGUUGGAGAUUUUGGCCUGGAAAGGUAUUCCGUACUGUUGUGAUGCUGUAUCUGUCACAGCCAAUAAAGCAUUCUCAGAUGAGUGUGGUUUUGUUUUUGUUUUUGUUUCUCUCAGGUUCAUUCUUGUCGGUCUAGGGAGAUAAGGUAUAAGCUGACAGGUGUAGCUGCUUCAAGCUGGUUAAACAUUAACUCAGCUGUCACCACAGCCCAGAGCAGCAAGCGCCCCAAAGCCAAGUUUCAGACCUGCCUGGUGUUCCUAGACUAAGGAGUGAGCAGCAGACAUGGCUCACUUUGCACAGGUCAUGGCUGAAGUGGGCGACUUUGGACGCUUCCAGGUACAGGUGACCAUCCUGAUGGGCAUCCCCAACUUCCUGUCUGCAUUCUUCGUGUUUGGUCAGAUCUUCAUGGUCCUUGAUGAGGCUCACCACUGUUCAGUGUCCUGGGUCAAGAACCACACUUUCAACCUAAGCGCUGCUGAGCAGCUGGCAGUCAGCAUCCCCAACGACACGGCAGGCAGACCUGAGUCCUGCCUCAUGUUCCGGCCCCCUCCAGAUAACGCCAGCCUGCAAGACAUCCUCAGCCACCGCUUCAAUGAGACCCAGGCCUGUGACUCAGGCUGGGACUAUCCUGAGAACAGGCCUCAGUCCCUGAAGAAUGAGUUUGACCUGGUGUGUGAUCGGAAGAACCUGAAGAGGACUUCACAGUCGGUGUUCAUGGCUGGACUCCUCGUUGGGGCCCUCGUCUUUGGGCCCAUCUGCGAUUGGAUUGGCCGAAGGGCCAGCAUUCUGCUGCAGCUGUUUCUGUCAGGCCUCAUAGGCGUGGCCACAGCCUUCGUGCCCAGCUUUGAGUUCUACAUGGCUCUGUGCUUUAUCUCGGCUACUGCUGUCGCUGGAUAUAUGAUGAGCACCAUGAUCUUUGUUUCAGAAUGGGUGGGGCCGUCCUGGAGAACCAAAGCCAUGGUCCUGGCCCAGAGCAGCUUUGCCAUUGGACUGAUGGUGUUAGCAGGCCUGGCCUAUGGUGUCCGCAACUGGAGACUCCUUCAGCUAAUAGGCACCACACCAGUCUUCUUGCUGGUCUUCUACUUCUGGGUUUUGCCAGAAUCCCCACGGUGGCUCCUCUCCCAAGGAAAGAUAGAGGAGGCCAAACAGCUGGUCCAGAAGGCAGCUUCAGUGAACAGGCGGCCACUUUCUCCAGAGCUCCUGAGCCAGCUGGUCCCUGAGAAGACAGGCCCCUCGGGGAACGCCCUGGAUCUUUUCAGACACCCCCGUCUCAGGAAGGUGACCCUGAUUCUCAUUGCGGUCUGGUUUGUGGACAGUCUGGUGUACUAUGGCCUCGGUUUCCAAGUGGGGGACUUUGGCCUUGACAUCUACCUGACACAGCUAAUAUUUGGGGCAGUGGAGUUGCCUGCCCGCUAUUCCAGCAUCUUCCUGAUGGAGAAGCUGGGUCGCAAGUGGAGCCAGUUAGGUUCUCUGACUCUGGCGGGCAUCAUGUGCAUCGUCAUCAUCUUCAUCCCAGCAGGGCUCCCCACGGUGGUCACUGUGCUGGCCGUGGUGGGGAAGUUUGCCUCAUCGGCUGCCUUCACCAUAUCCUAUGUGUACACCACUGAGCUCUUUCCCACCAUCAUCAGGCAAACAGGCAUGGGGUUGGUGAGCAUCUUCUCCAGGAUUGGCGGCAUCAUCUCACCGCUUGUGAUGCUGCUGGAACAGUACCACAGGGCCCUCCCCAUGCUCAUCUUCGGCAGCCUCCCGAUCGGGGCAGGCCUCCUGUGUGCUCUGCUGCCUGAGACCCGGGGCCAGACACUGAAGGACACCAUCCAGGACCUGGAGCAGGGCUGCCCGCCACGAUCUUCAGUGGCACAGUCUCCUGAGAAAGAAAUGGUGGUUAAAGGAAGAAGUUCUAUCCUCAGGGUUCCCAUCGGCCAACCUUCUCCUUCCAGCUGUGGUUGUUAAGGGCUUGCUCAUUACAGCAGCAGCUCACACAGUGGGUACAGCUGGGCUUGUUUUGAGGGAGGGACAAGACCAGCUUGUUGGUCAGAACUUCUCUCUCUCUCUCUCUCUCUCUCUCUCUCUCUCUCUCUCUCUCUCUCUUUGAAGUAUCGCCCAGUACCAUGUUUGAAUUGGGAUCCUGGGUGUGUCUUUGUCUUUGCCUCUUGGAUUGUGUCUGUGCCAUGUCUUGGUGAGCAGGAUCCCAGAGGAAGGAGUGUAUGCAUAUGUAAGAUACCACAGCACAAGCCAGAGCUUGGGGAAGCACCAGUAACAGUCUUCUCCUUGUUCCCACCUCUUAAGCCUCCCACUGGGAUUCACAUUGCAUACCUGGGCCCAAUGUCAAUGCAAACCCUUGGAGAACACUGUGAAACUAUUUCCAGAGCAUCACGGAUUCUUUGAGAAACUUCCUCCUUCACACUUGGUCACCUUCUCUUGUCAGGGUGGGUGUGAGCAGGGCUGUACCUGUACUCUGUGCAUCCAGUCAUGCUAUUUCGUACUGUUCUCUUUUGAAAUCAUGGACAAACAUGUUCUUCAGCUUCCUACCAGUACCAUACUGUGUCCCUCUAAUAAAAAGAGUACAUACAGAAAUGGGAAAGUGCAUUUCAGAGCCGAAGCCGUUUACUUCUCUGAGUGAUGUGAUGAUGUAUGUGCUCCACCUUGGCAGUGAUUAUCUAUCCUGGGAAAAGACUUAGAGGGAUCCUUUACUGACAGCCAUAUUGCAAGUGUUUUCCUGUUGCUUUUGGUUUUGUUGUUUGUUUUGUGGCAUGAGCUGUAUUCCCAGACCUGCCUUUGGGGUCUUUGUAGACAUUAUCUUUUCCGUUUCUUAGGUAUUGGAUGUCUGGGGAUAAGUAUUUUCAUUGUGUAAUGUUUAAUUUUCAUUGUCAACCUGACUGGAUUUGAAUUAUCAUGGAAGAACUAACUGGGUGUGUCUGUGAAGAUGUUUUUAGAAGUCUAACUGAGGAGGAAAAAACCCUUCCUGAAUGAGGGCAACAUUAUCCCAUUGGCUAAGGCCCUGGGUGAAUAAAUGAAAAUAUGGAAGGGAGCUGAGCAGCUGAGUUCAAGUCUCUACUUCCUGCCACAAUGACUUCCCUGCAUUGGUUUCAUGACUCCCUGAAUGGAACUGUACCCUCAAACUGUGAGCCAGAAUAAAUUCUUCCCUCACUUUC